CAAUGAUCAAAAUGAGCGACUACCGCGCUAGCUUCUUUGCAAUCACGCAUGUAAUGGCCUUGAUACCACAAAACUAUGUCUUUGUUACAAGCAAUGGCCAAGUAGAGCUACAAGAGACUCAAGGCUAUGACAUUCAGAAACCACUUCCUCUCAAGUUUGUUGAACAGAAUGAGAUGGAACUAAUUCUAUCAGCCUUGCCUCUGUCAACCCAAGCAAUAGAAUGUCAUUCACAAGAGCUUUCUUUGCUUUUUACAGAACAACAAUUAAGAUUAAUACAUUCUUAUUACUUUGGAGCGAAUGGCCCAACCCAUACAAAACCAGGCAAAACACCUUAUUGAAAGUGCCAUUUUCAAUGAAUUAAACAUCACAAAAAGUCCAUAUCAUCAGAAAGAGCUCCACAAUGAAGAAAUGUCGAUAUCUUUGACCUCUAUAACCACAAACAUCAAGAAUAUAUGGAGUGACAAUACCAUAUUUAAAAAACUUCUAGAUCAUCUUUUGAAUGCUUUAUUAAAACUACACUUGGCUGAAAGUAAGGCUGUAGAAUACAGCGAAUAUAUCAAAAAUACCAAAGAGAAAUCAAAGUCGAUAACAGAGGCGACAUCAUCAGUAAGUAAUUCCUUUUCUACAAUUGACUACAAACGAUAUGUUCUUCUCUCAGAAUACAAAAAGCUCAGUACAUUAGAAUGUAAAUUAGAGAAUCUUGAUGAUGAAGAUAAAAGGCAACGUUAUGAAAGAAGAAUAACACGAGGUCAUGACAGGAUAACGUAUUUCAAAAGUUUACCAAAGAAAACAGUUUCGAUAGGAUUUCGUACAAAUACAGAGGGAAUAGAAAAUUAAUUACUUAUUUAUAUAGUCUGAAACUAAUGAUGUAACAGAAAAUGAAGCUAGCAACAAUGAUGAGGCUAGCAAGAAAUAUAAAGAUGAUGCAGUAGAAGCCGUCUGUCUUGUUUAAAAUCAGUGGCAUAACAUCUUGAGAAGUUUUUAUAG